CAUUUUGCCAAUUCUUCACCUGGACUUUUCCCACAUUCACAUCGUAUCACACAGGAGGAACUAGUAUAUAAGGGACCACAAAAUAUAUCAGGUUGCUGUGUUUAUCAGAAUGUGGUUUUUCUGGAUUGGUGCCCUUGUGGGCUGCUUUGCAGGGACUGCUUAUGGUGCAGAGGUUUGCUUCGAAAACCUAGGCUGUUUCUCUGAUAAUAAACCAUGGAGUGGAACAACUGAAAGGCCUAUUGCCCGCCUACCAUGGAGUCCAGAGAAGAUCAACACUCGCUUUCUUCUUUUCACAAGGGAGAACCCAAAUUCCUACCAGGAAAUCAGUACAAACCAAGAUGUUAUUGCAAAAUCCAAAUACAACUCAUCCAGAAAGACCCGUUUUAUAACCCAUGGAUUCAUUGACAGAGGAGAUGAGAACUGGCUUUUUGACAUGUGUAAGCUUAUGUUGACUGUUGAGGACAUAAACUGUAUCUGUGUGGACUGGAAAACUGGAGGACGGACACUGUACACUCAAGCAGCCAAUAACAUUCGAGUGGUCGGAGCUCAGAUGGCUUAUAUGAUUUCCAUCUUUAGGGACCAUUUCCAGCAGAAACCUCAAGACGUGCAUCUUAUUGGGCACAGUCUGGGUGCACACAGUGCUGCAGAGGCUGGCCGAAGGACAGCAGGACUGGGACGAAUUACAGCCUUGGACCCAGCUGAGCCCUAUUUCCAGGGCUGUCCUGAACUGGUACGACUGGACCCCAAUGAUGCCCUGUUUGUUGAUGUCAUUCACACAGAUGCCCUUCCCGUAAUUCCUUAUCUUGGGUUAGGAAUGUCCCAAGCUGUUGGGCAUCUUGACUUUUACCCAAAUGGAGGAGAAGAAAUGCCUGGCUGUGAAAAGAACCUUAUCUCACAAAUUGUGGACAUUGAUGGCAUCUGGGAGGGAACUCGUGACUUUGUUGCCUGCAAACAUCUGAGAGCCUACAAGUACUACAGUGACACCAUUUCAAACCCUGAUGGUUUUCUGGGAUACCCCUGCUCUGACCAGAAUGUGUUUGAGUCUGGUCGUUGUUUCCCAUGCGCUAAUGGUGCAUGUGCACAAAUGGGUCACUAUGCUGACAAAUUUAAAGUGCCUAAUGGAGUGGAUAAGAUGAAGUUCUACUUGAACACAGGCGAUGCUCGACCUUUCGGACGUUACCGAUAUAAAGUUACAGCAACCAUUGAUGGCUCUCGAACCAAUGUCGGAUAUUUCAAGGUGGCAUUGUAUGGUCCUGAUGGCAAUACUCGUCAGUAUACCAUUCACAGUGGCACACUGAGGCCUGGUAAGACCUAUGAGCUACUCAUUGAUGUUGAAAAGGAUGUGGGUGAUCUGACUCUUGUGAAGUUCUUGUGGAACAACAAUGUCAUCAACCCUCUGUUACCCAAAUUUGGCGCCACUAAAAUAACAGUGCAGAGAGGACGAGACAGAGGAAUAUUCACGUUCUGUGGAAGUGAUACGGUGCGAGAGAAUAUCCUGCAGUCACUUUCUUCUUGCCAGUAAAAUAAUCUGAGUUAAUAAAUCAGUUAGCACA